AAGGGGGUUUUGUUGGGUGUGUUUUAACAUGGUCUUGAGGGGUGAAUGAGGUAGGGUUUUGGGGAAGAUGGGUUUGGCCAAGAUGAAAAGGAGAAGGGGGAGAAUGGUUAAGAUUGCAGCAUCUUGUCACCCAUUUAGAAUCGAUUCUCCAGCAACUACAAAACGGAUUGGGUUUACCCAACUACUCAUGGACACAACAGUUGAGGAGGAAAGGAAAGCUGGCUUGUCUCUGUACUUGGAACCCGGUCGUGGGAAUAAACUUUCUUCUCAACUGAAGCACUAUAUCCAAGGCCUCCUCAAGGUGAAUAUGAAGGGGCCAUAUGGAUCUGAGUGGCCAGAUGAAGAGAAGGUCAAGCGCAGGGAAAUGGUUGCACCAGAUGCACACUACAUAUUUUUAUACGAGAUCCCAAAUUCUGAUACCAGUCAAAUGUCUGCACUUGGUGGCCAGGAUUGGGAUAGAGUUAAAAGGAUGGAUGAUAAGUUCCCAAUAGUUGGAUUUGUACAUUACCGCUUCAUUGUAGAAGAAGAUACACCAGUUCUUUAUGUUUAUGAGUUGCAGCUUGAGAAAUGUGUUCAGAGAAAGGGCCUAGGGCAAUACUUGAUGCACCUAAUUGAGCUUAUUGCCAACAAGAGUAAAAUGGGUGCGGUGGUUCUGACAGUUCAAAGGGCAAAUGCUAAGGCUAUGAACCUCUAUACUACUAAACUUGGGUACACAGUGUCUUCUAUUUCACCAUCCAGAGUAGGACUACAAACAAAUUAUGAGAUUCUAUGUAAAACUUUUUGUCAUGAAGCUAGAGAAAAGCUGGAGGGAAGCUGGAGAGCGGAGGAAAACGCUUACAGGACAAAUUAGUGCAAUUUUGUUCUUUCUUGAGCCUGGGUACUGAUCCCUGUGCUUGUAUGAGGUGAAAUGUGAAGGUUAAAUAUACUCGCAGGUCUGAGGUCUCUAAUAAAUGUAUUCUUUGUACCUGCAAAGCUUUCCCCUCCUCUCCCCUCCAAACCAUCCACCCAUAUAGAGUUUAGGAUCUUGUAAGCUUUACUUAGUGUGUAAAUUUUUUUGAAUUGGUCUGUGGUCCUAAAAAUCUAGAUUUUCCAUCUAUCAUAACUUUUUUCUCCAGUUCAUUGACAAAACAAAUUAAUCGACCACCCACCUACUAAAACCAUCUUCUUUAGAUUUCAGUUCAUUUACUUGAUCAUCUUUCAAACGCUUUUGAUGUCUUAUCAAGCUCGAGUUAUGCAUUAAGUACAGUUUUGCUCAUCGUGUUGAUAUGAGUUUUCUGGUAUCGGGUUGUACUUUCAAUUUGCUAUAUCCUUUGGCAGGUGGAUCCCGCAACUCACGUCCCCAAAGCAAAUCAACAUCUUCUAUGAGAACUUGAUAUUAGUGGUUUGGAAGACUUCUAUUCGGGCAUACAAAACAAGCCUUUGAUUUAUUUAUAAUAAAAUCUAAAAUUCUUACAGGUUCACGAUUAAGGCCGAUGACCUUGACUCUUCACCAGUAUAUUUGGAUGAUCCAGAAGCCCAUCUUGGUUUGUGAAACUUCAUGGGUUAUCUGGUUUGUUGCUCUAAUUCUGUAGAUUGCUCAAAACUGUGUUAAACAAGUAUGAGCUAGUAGUUAUCUGUUAAUUAGAUCAGUGCAGUUUCUCAUGAUUAUGUUAUCAGAUUGAUUUUGUUGAACUAGCUUGCUUGUAGGUCUCUUGCAAAUUGGUUGCUGGUGAUUUUCUUUAGUUUAAUGCACUUUUAUAAAGUUAAAUCUCAUGG